CUUACGUAGUGAUUAUGCUAAGUACUUGCUAUCGAGAAGAAUGGGCAACCGACCAGCAAAGCAUGCCGCGUCUGCGGUCUCUCCCCCUUCAGAAGAGCAAAGAGAAUCAGAGCCCGCACCAAAACCACCACCCGACCCGCUUGAUGAGCAAUACCGACGUGAUAGAGAGCGCCUUGACAGACACUUUGACCCAUACUUGCAAGAGGGCUUCAACAUCUACCGGGUCAAUCCCCGCCGGCAAGAGGCUUACGAUCGGUGUGCGCCCGAGGUGGUCAAGUUCCUCAAAUGCGUGGACACGGAGGGGCCAGCAUGGUUCUGGCGGUGCAAUGCACUGCACAUAGAGCUUCAGCAGUGCUACAACGCGGCGAAGCCUGACACCACCUCGCUCUUAACACACGCGGUGCGGGACUUCAAGGAGACAGCCAGCGAGCGGUGGGAGCAGGCCAAGUCGCUGUACAAUGACAUCCUCGGGGGAGGGGAAAAACGGGACUGAAGGAGGGAAUGGGGCAUGUGUGCGUGGGGCCGGCUACCUUGCACCGCACGGCGGGGGCACUGCCAGGGCACGGGGUAGCGCAUGAUGUUAGGACAGGAGCAAAAUAGGAUUGCGGACAUGUACCAUAGUAUAGCCACUGUGGAGUGAUUGUCUGGGGUGUCUUGACGCAGGAUGUAGCGCGCAGGUCACCUCACAGCGGCGUGUCAUCCAGGUGUUGUGGGCAGCUAGGCGGUAGGUUGGGAUGCAUGUAUGAGGGCCGCAGGCGCACACCUGCCGGCGACAGUAGGGCACGUGCUGAACGAAGCACUUAAUAAGGAUGGCGUAGCAUGUCGUAGUUCGCGCUUUGACCUCUCUUGGGAGAGUGUGUAUAUGCCAGUACAUUCGUGUGCCAUGCAAGCUGAUAACGAACGUGUACAAUGCCGCACUGAGAGAAAUUGCCGUGGGGACUGGCUUUCAGGCGUGUUGCAUCCAUGCGCAUGGUACAUCUGGUUCAGACAAGCAGUGCUCGCUCUCGGAACGAACGUUGCGGCAUGAGCUUAGGUGGAUGGGCGUGUGGUGGCUCUCCCCUCACGUGUUUUGGAGUUGGCGACGUGGGGCGUGGCGACCCCAUGACGUGGCGUGGUGGUCAUGGUGAGGGGGGCCAUGGGGUCUGCACACUCGCUACUCCCGGAGACUUAAUCCCGAAUAUACGGCUGUUCUAGCCAAAAUGACUGUUUGCGUGUGCGGCCGAAGCGGUGGUGGAGCCACGAAAGGCCAGUCCUGCGGGCACGAUUGUCGCUGUCGAGCCGUGACCGGUGAGCCGGGCGAGUCAUGCAUGAGGCACAUGCUGGACAGGUGCAAGGGACGUAGACAGGAUUGGGCAGGCCAUAAGUAGAGCUGGUGAUGGGGAUAGCCAUGCCACUGCCCGGCGCAGUCGCGCUUGAUGCCUUAGGGUUUGGUGCACGGUCCGGGAGGCUGGACGUUUGCCUGUGUGUGUGUGUGUGUGUGUGUGUGUGUAUGUGUGUGUGUGUAUAUGUGUGUGUGUGUGUGUGUUAAAGAGCACAAGGAAAACAUAGCGCAAAGACUGUGUGUGUGUGUGUGUGUGUGUGUGUGUGUGUGUGUGUGUGUGUGUGUGUCUGUGUGUCGCUGGUUGUAACACGGGCAUAGGUGCCAGAGCAACUUGACAGGUCUGAUGGCUUGCCCGCGUGUAAGGCAGCAAUACU